AUGCAGUUGACAGCCGUAGCAGUGCAGAUCUCCUUUUGUCUUUCUUUUGUCCUCUCUCUCCUUUUGUCUCUUCUCUCUCUCUCUCUCUCUCUCUCUCUCUCUAAACCGACCAAACCAACUCUCUCUCUCUCUCUCUCUUUCUCUCUCUCUCUCUCUCUCUCUCUCCUUUUGUCUCUCUCUCUCUCUCUCUCUUCUCUCUUCUCUCCCUCUCUCUCUUCUCUCUCUUCUCUCUCUUCUCUCUCUUCUCUCUCUUCUCACUCUUCUCUCUGUUUCGCUCAGGGCCAAUGGACAGAUCAAGACAAGUGGCACCAGUCUUGCCUGACACUAUUCAUCACCUGCCGCAUCCAAGCUGCCGUUUCACCACGAGCACAAGCUUUGGAGCUCUCUCUCUCCCUCUGUCUCUCUCUCUCUCUCUCUCUCUCUCUCUCUCGCUCUCUCUCUCUCUCUCUCGCUUCAAUUUCUUCACACACGUUCUGUACGUUCUCUCUCUCAUUCUCUCUCUCUCUCUCUCUCUCUCUCUCUCUCUCUCUCUCUCUCUCUCUCUCUCUCAAACUCUCUCUCUCACACUCUCUCUCUCACACUCUCUCUCUCAAACUCUCUCAAACUCUCUCUCUCAAACUCUCUCUCUCUCUCAAUCUCUCUCUCUCUCUCUCUCUCUCUCAAACUCUCUCUCUCUCUCUCUCUCUCUCUCUCUCUCUCUCUCUCUCUCUCUCUCUCUCUUCAUUCUCUCUGUCUCUCUCUCAUUCUCUCUCACUCAAUUCUCUUGUUCUCGAACAAGAGAGAGACAAGAGCACACUUCCGCGUGUGUGUGUGUCGAAAAAAAAAGAUAUGGCAGUCGGAUCGGUUGUGGCACUGGCCGUCGAGGCCGCUGGCGACAGUGAGGGCCAGUACUGUGCUUUGCUGUCUUGGUUGGUUGUACGCAACCCAGAGGAUGAGGUGGACAGCGCCCCGGCGUGUACCGUGGUGGUGCGGAGCGACGAGACGACAGCCAUUGAUCAGGAGCAGCUCACAGCCCUCGGCCUCACGGCCGCUCUCGUGGAGCGCGCUGGUCCCGCCAGCCGCGCCCUGGCUCAGCUGGAGUACAUCUGCAGCUCUUUGCACGCCCCCCGCGUGGUCAUCAAUGACCGCCUCUGGUUUGACACGUUGCUUGCCACCGUGGCAGAACCUACCAAACACUUGAGCGCUGCCGUGGAUCUCGCCAUCGUCUCCACCGUUGAGGUCUCGGGAACUGGCUACGAGCUUUGCAAGGCCAUGGCCAAGGCCGUUCCCUCCCCCACUGCAACAGCCCCCGCCCACAACGGCACGACAGUGCGCGAAGCACCCGCGCCUUCCGGCCCCGUCGCCAACCUUGGCACGGCCGAUGCAUGGUCUGCGGAACCCAGUGCCAAGCGCAAAAAGGUCAAAAUUGAUCCCGACGUGCUCAGCUCCCCCGUUAUCCGCCUUCGUGGUCUCAAGUGGGAGUGGGCGGCCAAGGAAGUCCUUCCCAUGCUCGAGGGCCUGGAUGUCCAGGCCGAUUCCGGUUUCAUCUGCUACAACCGUCAGGGCAAGCCGAUUGGUGAGGCCUACUUUAUUAUGGGAUCGCCCGAGGCCGCGCAGGCUGCCUUUGCUCGUUCGGGUGCCAUGCUCGGCGAUCGCUACAUUGAGGUGUUUGUCGAGAGCCCUCAGACCUACUACCGGGCACGGGCCCUCUCCAAGGAUGCCGCCAAUGACUCGCAGUACCUCUCUGUUCACGGCCUGCCCCUUGACACCACCAAGCAUGAUUUGGAAGAGUUUAUGGCCCCGGCUCAAGUGUUGGACGUGAUGCUAGAAUGCAAUCCUGAAGGGCGAUGCGAGGGCAAGGCAUGCGUGUUGGUGUGCACGCCAGAAGACGCACGUUUGGCAUUGGAAAAGAACAAGACCGAAUUCAAGGGCCGCAGCGUUGACAUUGAAAUGGGCACGGCCGAUACCUGGAACGACCUGUUGAAGUGGUACCAGGAUCAAUUGUUGCGGAGCACGGACACGCUGGUGGCGCGCCUGCGCGGCUUGCCCUGGUCUUGCUCGCGGGACGACGUCUAUGACUUUCUGCAGCCGUCGGGCAUCAAUGCCAACAACGUCUUUGUUUGCCAUGCGCUCAACGGCCGCCCCACUGGCACGGCCUACGCUGUUUUCAGCGGCUCCACCGCCAGCCAAUGCUUUGACCUGGCCAUGCGCCAGCACAAGUCUAAGAUUGGCGAUCGCUAUAUUGAAGUCAACCGCUCCACGGUGGCAGAGAUGCUGCGCGACAUUUUUGGUGACAUUCUCGUCCCUCUCUCAUCCCAGGACGCAAUGGCCCUGUCAGCCAACUUUCGCGGCGGCGGCGGCGGUGGUCGCCCAUAUGGCCACUACCCGCAGGAAUCCGCUUCGGGCUAUGCCGGUGCCAUGCGCGGCCAUGGAGGCGGCUACGGUGGUCAUGGUGGUCACGGUGGCCAUCACGGCGGUCACGGUGGUCAUGGCGGUCACGGUGGUCACGGUGGUCACGGCAACUACGGUGGUGGUGGCUAUGGUGGCGGCGGCUACGGUGGCGGCUCUGGUUACAGCAACAGCAACUUUGGUGGCGGCUACGGCGGCGGUGCUGCUGCCAACAACGGCUACAUUGAAAUCCUGCUGCGCGGGAUCCCGUACGAGGCCACCGAGGUCGACAUCGACUACUGGAUGACUGGCACACCAAUUGUUGCGGGAAUGACACGGGUACUGCGCAAGCCCAAUGGGCGGUCUCAGGGAGACGCCGUUGUCUAUACAGCCACGCGUGAGGGUGCGGGCAUGAUCAAGGCGAUGCGUCACAACCAAAUGAUGGGACAUCGCACGAUUGAGGUUUUGAUGCGCAACUGAGCAGUCGGAAAUCCAACAUCACUAUAUUCC